UGUUCCGUGAUAACGACAAAAUCACUCGAGUCUAAUGAACUGCAGAAGAAGAACUGUCGUAAAACGUUAUUACGACAGUUACAUCACUUUACGGACAUCAUGUAACUUUGCUGCCUGUCCACUGUCCUUGUAAAGAUGUACAACACAUAUGUCACCUACUGAAGCUAGCUGACACAAAAUCAAUCAAGAGCAGAGACGCAACAUGGCGUCUCGUUUCCUGAAGUACACGGUACUUCUUCAGAAGUACCGGACUCCGCUGCUCAUUGCGAGCUGUGGUGGGGUCUUUGCGGCCAACAUGUUCUACCAUGUUUGCCCUGACAUAUCCUACCGUCAGCUCUAUCAAGCCUGGUACAAAGGAGAGCCUGUCACGCUGUCUGAAAAGCUGGAGGAGGUUUUUCAGCAGGUGUUGAAGGACUAUAGCAUCAACUCCGCCAAGAAUUUCUCUGCCUUUGCGUCCUUUGGCUUCCAUCCAGUCGGUGCUGGUGUUCCAUGGCUUCCCGCAGGGGCCCAAAUUGGCAUCCCAGCUAACUUUAACAGCACUACUGAUGACCCAAGUGGAAUAACCAACCGCACCAUUUUCAUCAAUGGCAAAACAGUGGACUGGAGCAGUGAAACCGGUUCUGCUCUGAAGGAGGCCCUGGUGUUUUCCACUGACGCACAGAAGUUUGCCAUCGCGCGAGAGGUGGCCCGCCUGCAGUCUGGAGGACCUAUUGUAAGUGCUGCUGUCGCCCCGUUCUGUCUGGGUGGGGUCUGGGUCUACAGCGUGGUGUUGAAGCAGGUGUUUGGGCUUCACACUGGGCCUGUGCUGCUUCGUGGAGCUGCAAACAUGCUGGCGCUGGGCAUCGGUGCUGUUUCUUACAUCCUCACCUCAGAUGCCGUCAGCCAGUGGAUUGACAACAGCUCAGACCGGCGUGCAGCUGGAGUGUCCCGCGAUUAUGCCAAAGGAGGGGUAGAAUUUUACGAUAAAAUUCUGUCCAGAAACAAGACAUUGCGCUCACUAAUGGGGCAGAAGGGAGAGGAGAUGUAUGCUCCCAGUGGGAACUUGUUUCCCGCUCACAUCCUUCAACUGAAACACACACCAUACACAUCCAGGAGGGAAGGGAUCCUCGCUCUGCUGAAAGAAGAGAGAGGGUGAAAAGACAGCUUGUGUUGAGAAUUAAGCAGAUGCCACCUGUAAUGAUCUACUGUAAGUUAUGCUUUUCUGUGAAUAAAUUGUUUUAAGAAUGGCA